AUGUCGCUCCCCUCGAAAACCUUACGGCGCGUUCAAUUACCAGCCGGGAAUAUCUGCAAGCAACAGCAAAGAAACGCAACGCUAUUACAACGACCGCAUAUCCCAUAUACCUUUACGCAAUUAAUAGCCCUAACCGACGGCUCCACAUUCACGCUCCGCACCACAUCCCCAGCGCCCAUCUUCCGCGCCACAAAAGACACACGGAACCACGCGCUCUGGAACCCUUCUCUCUCCUCGCUUCGGAACCAGGAGCAGGAUGAGGCCGGCCGGCUAAGGGCGUUUAGGGAGAAGUUUGGCAGGGGCUGGGAUAUAGAUGCUGAGGAUGUGGAAGGAGGUGUGGAAGCUUUGGAGGAAGGGGGGGUGAGAGAGGAUAGUUUGAUGGAUUUGAUUAGUGGGGCGGCGGGCGUGGAGGUUGGGAGUGCGGGUGCGAGUGAGGCUGGGAGUGGGAGUGAGGGGAAGAGUGGGAAGAAAGGAAAUGUGGUGGUAGAGGAUGAGAAGAAGGGGCCGGGGAAGAGGGCUGAUAAGGGGGUGGGGGUCUAA